AUGUCUCUCCAGGCCUAUAUAAACAAGAAAGUCCUUAUUCUCACAGUCGACGGCCGUACUUUAACGGGCACCCUCCUUUCCACGGACCAGCUCACAAAUCUCGUCUUGUCAGAAACAGUCGAGCGGAUAAUUCGACCGCCGGACGAUCCUGAACCGAGCUCAGAAGUUGACCAUGGGUUAUACCUAAUUCGCGGCGAUAAUGUAGUUAUCUGUGGGGAGAUUGACGAGGAAGUUGACGGGAAAAUCGAUUGGUCAAAGGUGAAGGGCGAGGUUAUCAAGGGAACAAAGAACUUUUGA